AUGAUGCAGCUACACUAUGUAUUCUGCAUUUUUACCUUAUUGCUGAGCUGCACCAGUGUGUGCGUGUUGGCUGAAGAGACUGGUCCGGAAGGUCUUGGUCAUGGUGUUACUUCUUGCUCUGAUGUUUCUGAUGGUACUUCUAAGCCUCCUUGUACUCGUGAGAAUCCUGGUGCUGGUGGUCUUGGUGCAGAAGAGUCUCACCAAAUUGAACAACAGAAGUUGACAGUGUUAGAAAAACGGGAUGUCAAAGAUCAACAUUUGGAAGGGAAACCAACGCAGGAAGAACUUACUCAGCAACAUGAGGCUGCGCAAGAAGAUAGGGUACCUCAGAGUGAUCACCGUUCUACUCAACCUGCUGCUGCUGCUGCUGCUGCUGUUUCUAGAGGGACUGGUGCUGUUGAUGGCGCUUCUCAACCAGGUGAUCAAGUUACUGAAAACCCAGUGGAUGAAAGGACUGAGAAUACAUUGACUGGAAGAAGGGACACUGCUGCAAAAGGUUUGGAGACUCCGGGUGCUCAGCCGGGUGGAAAAGAAAAUGUAGAAGUACAGGCAGAUGCAUCUGUUAAAACCGAUGAAGGACCAUCACAUUCGGCCACUGAACCGAGUACAAGUGACACCAGAAGUUCAGAUAAUACAGACACCACACAAACAAAUGUGACUGGAACAGCAGAAGGACAAGAUACUUCUGUUCCCACAACUCAAAGUACAGGUGAUGGUUCUCCCAGCAAUUCAUCUACAGAUGAUACCAGUAAUAAUCAGGCUGAAAGUGAGACUAAUGACACAAACCCUGCAGAAGGUGGAUCAACCAGUAAUGAGGAAUCAACUACCACCACCACCACCACAACCACCACCACCACCACCACCACAACAACAACAACACUUCCUCCUGAACUCACAAACAACAAGAAGGGUGAUGCAGACAGCAGCAGCAGUAUC